AUGAGUUUCAGCUCCAAACAUACCACUACAACGAUGUAUACCAAGGGGAGAAGCAGCAGUGGUAGCUGUGUCACUGGUGGUAGUGGUGGAAGGGCUAAUUCUGGAAGAUGUUCCUCCCCUGCUAGAUGCGGCAUGUCUGCAAGGAGCUACUGUGGUGGAAUGAGUUAUGGGGGAAGUGGCAUUGACAGUAGCUUUGCUGGAGGUGCUUUAGGUUGUGGGUAUGGUGGUGGGUAUGGUUCCAGCCGCUUUGGGCAUCUUGGAGGUGGAUUUGGCAUUUGCAAUGAGGCACCUUUGCUCUCCUGUGAUGAAAAGAUGACCAUGCAGAAUCUCAAUGACCGCCUGGCAUCUUACCUGGACAAAGUGCGAUGCCUGGAGGAGGAAAAUGGUCAACUAGAGUGCAAAAUUAAGGAGUGGUAUGAUAGGCAAGGCCCAGUCAAUGAGUCAAAGGAUUACGCUGCUUACUACCAACAAAUUGAAGACCUUAAAAAUCAGAUUGUUUGUGCCACUGUUGAAAACAGCAAACUUGUCCUGGAUAUUGAUAAUAAUAGGAUGACUGCAGAUGACUUCAGAAUGAAGUAUGAGACUGAGCUGGCCCUUUGUCAGAAUGUGGAAGCUGAUAUCAAUGGCUUACGCCAAGUUCUGGAUCAAUUGACCCUAUGUAGAUCUGAUCUUGAGGCACAACUUGAGUCCCUCCGGGAGGAGCUGUGUUGCCUCAAGAAGAACCAUGAAGAGGAAUCAAAGCAUCUGAAGAAACAAUCCAGUGGGGAUGUCAGUGUGGAGGUCAAUACUUGCCCAGGGCCUGACCUGAAGAAGGUCCUGGAUGAGUUGAGAUGCCAAUAUGAAAACAUGAUUGAGAAUAACCGUAGAGAAGUUGAGAAGUGGUAUGAAAGUAAGAUGGAGGAAGUGAAUCUGGAGGUCUGCAACAGCAGCAAAGAAGCUGAAGAUUGUAAUAACCAAAUUGUUGACCUGAAACGCCAGCUGCAAACUUUAGAAAUUGAUCUACAGGCACAACUUAGUUUGAGGGAUACACUGCAAGACUCUUUGGCUGAGACAGAAUGUCGUUAUAAUGGCCACUUGGCUGAAAUACAGAACCAAAUCUCUUGUGUGGAGCAGCAACUAGGAGAGCUGAGGGCAGAGAUGGAGUGCCAGAACCGAGAAUAUCGAGAGCUUUUGGAUGUCAAGUGUCGCCUGGAACAGGAGAUCCAGACAUACCGUUGUCUGUUAGAAGGAGGACAGCAUGACAUUGCCACUGGCCACAGCAGUGGCAGCUCAGGAGGCGGGAUUUCCAGACAGUCCAGUGGAAGUACAACUAGAUCCUCCCCAAGCCGUCCUUCUCAUCCCGAUUCAAAAGGGCACAGCAGAUAG